GCGUAGAUGGCGCGGCUCCCGGCGCCGCCAGAUCGCAGGAGCCCGGCGCCGGGGCGCUGCGCUGAGGCUCCCGCUCGGCGCGGCCCAGGAAGCCUGCAGGCCGUGCCCGGCGCUGGAUUUAUGAAUGGGGGGGAAGAGGCCACAUGCAGCCGCCGCCUCGUGUUGACCGAACGCAGCCUGAGCCCUUGGUGCUCCGGCGGCCGUGAGAGCGUCGGCCUGGUCCUGGCAGCCGCUCGGAGGACUUGUUGCUGCUACGCUGCCGCCGCCACCGCGGGGAAACCGGCCGCUCCCGCGUCAGCGCGGUCUGGGAGCCGGAGGGCGGCCCGCGUGAGUGUGAGCGCGCGCCGGCCCCUCACCGCGCCGGGACUGCGCGCCUCUCCGUUUCCUAGGGGGCUGGGGGGCGUGUCUCCAUCCCGGAGUGUUCCCGUGUCCAGUCUGGUGGGAGCGCGUGCGUGCGUUUGCCCCGACCUCCCCGGGUCCCCAGCUUGAGUCCCCGGCUCUUCUCUCCCCCUCCGGCCUCGCUCCCCGCCACUGCCUGCCCGAACCCAACCACCUGUGCACCCGAGAAACCCAACUCCUCCGGCUUCGCGCUCCGGGAGGGGGGGGAGGCAGGGGCAGGGCCGCGCCGCAGAGGGGGCCGCCGCCACCUCCUGCCUCCUCCUCGUCUCCUCCCCCUCCCCUGUCUGACGCUGCCUUCUCGGGAAGGGUGUUUGGAGGGCAGCGGCCGCCCCAAGCCGGAGCCCUGCAGCGCUUCUUAUGAUCAGCUCGGUGUGUGUCUCCUCCUACCGCGGGCGCAAGUCGGGGAACAAGCCUCCGUCCAAAACAUGUCUGAAGGAGGAGAUGGCCAAGGGCGAGGCGUCGGAGAAGAUCAUUAUCAACGUGGGCGGCACGCGACAUGAGACCUACCGCAGCACCCUGCGCACCCUCCCUGGCACCCGCCUCGCCUGGCUGGCCGAUCCCGACAGUGGGGGCCGGCCCGAGUCUGAUGGCGGUGGCGCGGGCAGCAGCGGCAGCAGCGGCGGCGGGGGUUGCGAGUUCUUCUUCGAUCGGCACCCGGGCGUCUUCGCCUACGUGCUCAACUACUACCGCACCGGCAAGCUGCACUGCCCCGCCGACGUGUGCGGGCCGCUCUUCGAGGAGGAGCUCACCUUUUGGGGCAUCGACGAGACCGACGUGGAGCCUUGCUGCUGGAUGACCUACCGACAGCACCGCGACGCCGAGGAGGCCCUCGACAUCUUUGAGAGCCCGGACGGGGGCAGCGGCGGCGCGGGGCCCAGCGACGAGGCCGGCGACGAUGAGCGGGAGCUAGCCCUGCAGCGCCUGGGCCCCCACGAGGGAGGCGCCGGCCCAGGCUCGGGGUCUGGGAGCUGCCGCGGCUGGCAGCCCCGCAUGUGGGCGCUCUUCGAGGACCCCUACUCCUCCCGGGCCGCCAGGGUGGUGGCCUUUGCCUCUCUCUUCUUCAUCCUGGUUUCCAUCACCACCUUCUGCCUGGAGACCCAUGAGGCCUUCAACAUUGACCGAAAUGUGACAGAGAUCCACCGGGUGGGGAACAUCACCAGCGUGCGCUUCCGGCGGGAGGUGGAGACAGAGCCCAUUCUGACUUACAUCGAGGGCGUGUGUGUGCUGUGGUUCACACUGGAAUUCCUGGUGCGCAUUGUGUGUUGCCCAGACACUCUGGACUUUGUCAAGAAUCUGCUCAACAUCAUUGACUUUGUGGCUAUCCUGCCCUUCUACCUGGAGGUCGGGUUGAGCGGUCUGUCAUCCAAGGCAGCCCGUGACGUGCUAGGCUUCCUGCGUGUGGUGCGCUUCGUGCGGAUCCUGCGGAUCUUCAAGCUCACACGCCACUUUGUGGGGCUGCGGGUCCUGGGUCACACUCUGCGUGCCAGCACCAACGAGUUCCUGCUGCUCAUCAUCUUCCUGGCCCUGGGCGUGCUCAUCUUCGCCACCAUGAUCUACUACGCUGAGCGCAUUGGCGCCAGGCCCUCCGACCCACGGGGCAAUGACCACACCGACUUCAAGAACAUCCCCAUUGGCUUUUGGUGGGCCGUGGUCACCAUGACAACGCUUGGGUAUGGGGACAUGUACCCCAAGACAUGGUCGGGCAUGCUAGUGGGGGCGCUAUGUGCCCUGGCCGGCGUGCUCACCAUUGCCAUGCCCGUGCCAGUCAUCGUCAACAACUUUGGCAUGUACUACUCCCUGGCCAUGGCCAAGCAGAAGCUGCCCAAGAAACGAAAGAAGCAUGUGCCUCGGCCCACCCAGCUUGAGUCACCCCUUUACUGCAAGUCUGAGGAGACCUCUCCCCGGGACAGCACCUACAGUGAUACCAGCCCGCCUGCCCGGGAGGAGGGAAUGGUUGAGAGGAAGCGGGCAGACUCUAAGCAGAACGGCGAUGCCAAUGUGGUGCUGUCUGACGAGGAGGGAGCUGGACUCACCCAGCCCCUGGCCUCUGCCCCCACCCCCGAAGAGCGCCGGGCCUUGCGACGCUCUGGCACAAGAGACAGAAACAAGAAGGCGGCUGCCUGUUUCCUGCUCAGUGCUGGGGACUAUGCCUGUGCUGAUGGCAGUGUCCGGAAAGGCUGCGCAAAGUCCCGGAGUCUAAACAACAUAGCCGGAGCGGCUGGAACCAGUCUGGGGCUGUCUCCACUGGCGUCGCGGUACAGCUCGCCCUAUCCUCCAAGAAAGCUCCUGCUGUCCCAUCCCUUCCACCCGCUCACCAGCCCCCCACCUGGCCCCUCAGCCCCUUAGCUGCACCCUUGGCUUUCCUCUGGGCAGAGGGACACACCAAAAUGAGCACAUCAGCUGCCCUCCCAGCCCUCUUCCCUCCUGGGGCCUGAGGGAGCAAAGGAAGGAAGCUGGAGGAGAAUCCAGGUCCCUGAGCUGGGUGCUCCUCAACGCAUUCAGCUUUGGACCCUGAAGGCAGAGAGGAGGGGUUACUCCCGGGGCUCCUCCCCUGCCCUUCCCCCUCAAGGUCUCCUGAGCCAUAGGUGCUGGCACACCCAUGCCUUGCUUCCCCUCAGGAUCCUUGGGCCAGGAGUGGCACACCGUGUGCCUGGGACCAGUCAGCCUUGCUGGGAAACGAUGCCUGUGUGAAUAUUUUUAAUCACAGCAAAUGCAUUUCCAUUCCUAGUGGCCUUUAACCAGUAACCAAACAGCCUAUCUGUCUGUCUGUCUCUCCAUUGCACACGAGACCAGUGAGGAACAAGGCUGUCAUGUGGGAAACCUUCGCUGGCAUAAGGGGGCUUUGAUUCCUCAAAGGAGCAGUGCCCAUAGCCAGUGCCGCCCUGGGAGAGGGACCUGAUGUUUUCCCCCUCUAGCCUGGGGUGCAGGUGGGAGCUCCUAGACUUGAAGCCUCAAGCUCGGUGUAGGCCAUGGGUGGCUGCCAAGGUGCGGGAGGCCCUCCUCUCUGGGGACCUGCGCCCAAAUUGAGCAGGUGACACCCAGUGGUGGUGCCCAGCCUCCCAUCUGCGACCCGCACUGCAGCAUCUCUCCGCACUGCUUCCUGUGCUUCCAAGAUAGUGUUCCUCUCUCUCAAGCUCGCUCAGACUCCCAGCCCUGCCUCUGAGUCACCUGCCACUCCCACCCAGCUUCUGCGUUCUGUAUUCCUGCCAGAACCGGAGACUCAUCUAAUUUCUAUAAUUAAGUGUAUUCAUUUACCUAACAAGCCCGGGAGCACAACAGGUUUGUGAGUCAUUGGGUGAACAGGGGUACACCUUGCGCAGGGACAGCUGAGGGGAAGUGAGGAGACAGAAGCACCUUGCCCGCACCUGCUCCCGCGGCUCCCAGGGAGGCCCACGUCUGCCAGCCAGCCCUCCCCUAGCAGGCCCUCCUCCACCCGGACCCCGGAGCCAAGGCCUCAGCCGAGACAGUUCCUGUUUCACCUGAAGGGAAUUAGACCUGACAGCAGAGCCCUACGCCUGGCAAUUUUUAGAGUCAGAUUAUGCAACUUUGUAGCAGGAGUGACUAAGGAGGGUCCGUAGCUACUCUCUCCAGGGUGGCAAAGAUAGGCAUGGCAAGACAGCUUUUAGAAACCUGGCAGGACGCUAGAUAAUCUGGGGGCCACCCCAAAAGGUGGCCAGGAGGAAAGAGGAUCAGGUUAUUUCCUGGGGUUAAGGUGUGGUGGAAAGCCUGUGCCAGGGACAUUGCCAUUUCAGUGCCUUCAUCAGCUUUGAGCAGUGACAGGAUGUGCUUGCCAGACAGGCCUGCUCGGUAGGUAGGUACCACACUGGGUCCCCCAGCCCAGCUAUGGUGUGUGGGCCUUGUCACUUCCUCUUAGAAUGAAGUGACGCAUAAGAAUUGAGAUGAUACAGGGGCAUCCAUGCGAUUGCCCUUCAGCAGGGGACAGGCCCCUUUAAGUGGUGGGGUGGGACAGCCUGUGGGGAGGAUGAAGACGCUGGCACCUUCUCCCUUGAAGUGGAGCCCGAGAGCCCAGCUUCCCAGCAACAUGUCCAACCCUACGCCCCAGAGCUCCCAGCACGGGGGUCCUGGGUGGAGUCUAAUGGGGGACAUGACAAACUAGGUGUUCCACUAGCUUGGGUACCACAGCUAUCUUCUCCGCUGACUUGCCACUGUGGUUCAGGGAGCUGAGGCGGCUAUUUCUGUGGCAGCCCUCAAAUUGUCAGGAGCCCAGGUUUCCACGGCACCCACCGCCUCCUCCCCUCUUCCCUCCUACAAGGAUGGGCAUGCUCAUGGCACCCCGGUGGGGGGCACAGAUGUCCCUGGGCGACGAGAUGCAGAAGUGCCAGGCUGGAGCCCCUCAUGCUUGGGGGAGGGGCUCCCAUAACCCUGCCCAACUGUGUCUUCGUAGAGGAGAGACAAGGUCCAGCUGGUGGGAGUGCUGUGCCUGGGGCCUGCCCCCAGCUACCUUUCAAGACCCCUGGGCCUUCUAGGACCUUGGGAAAGGGUGGGUCCUGGAAUUCUAGAGCCCUCGUGUACUCCAGGCCUAUCUGUGCUUCCAGCCCCCACCCAGGCCUUGGGCAUCCCUUCUUGAGAGAAGCCUUUCUCCCACCCACACUCUGGGAGUGUAAUUUGCUUUCUCUUGGAUUGGACUUGGGCUUGCACCCAGUAUUUCAGUUUUUAGAAACCUUUCUCUACAGCUGGGCCUCACCUUCUUCCCACAAAGCAGGGAGGCAACUCCUACAGGGGCUUUUAGCCUCACCUCACCGUCUGUACCAGGACUACCUUAGCCCCCAGGCUCCUGAGAGAAGUGGCUGUGAGGUGCCACUGGAGGCAAGUGACAAUAACCCUAUGGCUGACAGGAACUGGAGGGCAGGGGGAGGGCCUAGCCCUAGACUCUAGGAGGCACCUUUGGGCCUGGAUUGCCCUUCACGGAGCACCCACGAGCGCAGAACCUCCUCCAUCCUGACCAGGGUCACCCUCUGACAACCCUGUCCCACUCCUGUUGGUUCACAUAAGUAGGUUCUAAAACAAGAUUCCCGGGAAGACCCCCAACUUUUAAAGGUCCCCAAAGAUGUAGAGACCAUGAAAGCCAAUGAAAAAGCCACCUAAGUCCAGGCAUGGUGGCAUAUGCCUGUAAUCCCAGCUACUUUGGAGGCUGAGACGGGAGAAUUACAAGUU